GAGCAGGCGGUUAUAUAAUAGGGAAUGUGCUACUACUGCUGCUGCCGCCAGCAGUUUGUGGUCAUACUGGUCUGCCUGCUGUAUAUAUUGCUCGUGCUGAUCUUCUUCAUCAAUGUCUUUCUGGCUGAUCGUAAUAUGCACACGAAUCUAAUGCGGGCAGGCGGCAAUCCGAUGAUGGGUGGCGGCGGCGGCGGCGGUGGUGGUGCGGGCAUACAUCCGGGCAUGCAUCCCGGACACCACAAUCCAUACGACAUGCAUGGCUAUCAUCACUACAACAAUUAUCAUCCACAAGUGGAUCCGAAGCAGCAUCAACAGCAGCCAACACGAAAGACUCCCCAACAGCAGCAGGCGGAACAGGAUAUUUACUACUAUUUCAACCACGUAUUCAGGCGGCGCUGAGAUAUACCCACACACACACACACUCACCUACUCACGCCUAAUCCCACACAUACACACACACCCAUAUAAAAAUACAUAAUUUCAUAAAUAUAUAUAUAUAGAGAGAGUAUAUAUAGUCGACAGGCCAACAUGUAAAACAAAGGGAAAUGAGAACGAACAUAACACAGAAAAAACUGAAGAAAAACAAUUGUAAAAUUUAUAGCAUAAAAUUGAAUGUGAAAUUGAACCAUGAAAAACAAAAAACUAUAAGCCAUUUAUAAGAAUAAUAUCCAUAUACAAUAAAAAA